AUGCCUCAGAGUCUUGUAUUCGCGGACCAAGUGCCGACGUAUGUGUUCCAAAACGUGACUUUUCAAACGACCGUCAUGUUAGUGGAUGAUUACAAGGCAAAAGUCAUGGGUGUCCACAAGCCACUGCGAGUGUCUUUACGCUACCAUGACACAUACGACUUGGUAGACGAUCAAGAAGCUGUUCUUCAAGUGGCCUCUAAAGCACAUAUCAAUCCCAAUACGGGACUGGCAGUGCUGUCAAUGAAUUUGCACACACUUGUAGCUGCUUGUGAUACACGCAACUUUUGUCUCGAAGUUGGCAGUGCUGACUCAAAUAUUGAAUCUAUAUUUUCAUCGCCUGUGUGCGUUGUGAAAGAGAAGCUGCAAGUGGUGACACAACCGCCGGACGUCUGGUUUAAAGACGAAGGAGGGCGUGAGAAGUGCAUGACUGUGGCUUUGACUUUGAUGCCGGCACCUGGAGCAUUUCUUGAAGACCGUGUGGUGCCAUUGAAUGUACGGUUACUGUACGAGUCAGGGGAUAUAGUGCUGAACCAUAGCAUCUUGAGACUGUUUCCUGACAUGAGACCUAACAUGACCAAUGGUUGCGUGACGGUAUCGUUCCGGAUUGAUGAUGUAUCAAAGAAUCAUCAGGGACAGUCAUUUAUGCUGGAAAUCGGACCGGAGCAACAGGAUGGUAGCUCUAUGUUUCAAGAUAUUGCACCAACACGAACGUCAGCGAUUUCUAUUCGAUCCAAGCGCAACAAAAGAAAACUCAAUGCACAAACAGCAGCGGCAGCGGUGGCUGCAGCUUCUAGAGGUACGCGUGCUUCACCUCGAAGCGUUACGGGCACGCCUCAAGCGCCUUAUAUGGGUACGACCGGAGCUCAAAAUUCUUCACAGGAAAUGAAUGGAGGAGUUGUGACGACGGAGACGCAUCCACAACGUGCUCGCAAGUACAUGGCUACAAGUAGCGGCACGGGAUACGACAUGAUGCAGUUGCAAUCGCAACAACCAGUGGUAUCGAUGUCUUGGAGCAGUCAGUUGAUGCAGCCCAGUGCCAGCGUCGAGUCCCCAAUGCAGCAGCAGAUACCGCAGAAUCAGCAGGCUCCUGUCCAGACCCCAGGUAGCGGAGCUGGCAGUAGUCCUAGAGCAAUUGAAUGGGCGCUUGCUGGCUUCGAGAUCCAUCCCGAUGGCUCAAUUAACUCUGCACGGCCAAUCUAUCGCUGCCCGCGGUGCCAGCGGCUAAAUGGUGUGGACAUGCUAGCGGUGGGCCCCGCAGUUUCGCACAGCCCGCAGUGCGUGUUCUCUCCCAAUCGUAGCAACGACACCAUGAUGUACCGUUCUCAGAGAGAACGGGCGCUUAUAAACCAGCAGCAGCGUGGAUAUGCAGCUUACCCGCAGCUGCCUGAACAGGGUAUGGGUGUGAGUGCACCUCAUAAUUCCAUCACAAACAGCUACGGUAGCAGCGCUAUGGUCGAUUCCUCGUCGCUGAAUGUGGAGCGGAACACUGUCAAUAUUAUGUUAAAGUCGGAGGACGUAUCACCGAAAACACUGGACGAUUUUACAACGUCGUCAACUCAGCGACCUUCUAUGACGAUAUCUCCAUACAUGAACAAAGUGACGACCGAAGGGAGUAUGCCUGAAAACAGUGGGCAGAAACAGGAACUCACAUCGGGAAUCGGUAACUUGUUUGAGAGCAAUGCAUUCCACAACCAAAUGGAUAUGAUUAGCACGGAGAAGCUGUUUUUGAACAAGAAAAUUGCAAUAGAAGAUGACCCGGCCUUUGACUUACAACAACAGCAGGCUCAAAAUUAUCGGCAGGACAUGAGCUUAUAUUCCGGAGGCGUCAUUGGUACGUCGCUCUUUAACGAAAUGACCAGUAUGGGGAUCAAUCUCGACCCUUACGACAAGGGCGAGCCUCAGCUGCUAGGAGAGCUUGUUGGCCUCGGGCGAAGUGGUAUUACAGAGGCACCUAACGGUGAAGAUCAAGUCUUUUAUAUCCUGGCUCGAAUGUACACGGAUGCGCAGGAGCAGAAGCUUGGUUUGCCAGCUUUCGACCAGUUCCAACGCAUGCUUGGAUUCUACAGUGAAGCUCAAGACGACGUUCAGACGCAAGUACUGUUUCACCCAUGGCGAGGUGUUUGUUUGUCUGUAACAGAGCGCGAGAAGAUCACGUCUCAGUUUGUGAACGAGCUGGAAUGUGACUCGCAGGCAGUGCAUUCCUUACCCAAGUAUCAACACAAUCUCAUCAUGUUACGUGAGGAUGCACUCAUGUUCUAUUGGAGCCAAUCACUCGUAUGA